AUGGCUCGACGGGCACCAGACAUCGUGGCCCCCGCCUCCCCUCCUCAGCGGGUGACUCGAGCGAGAACGCGAACUAUUGCUGGGAAGGACAACGCCAACAAAGAGGCCAGCACGCCCGCGCCGGCUUCGACUACAGCAACUGCAGGGCCAAAAAGAGGAAGACCAAGGAAGAAUAUAGCUACGGCAGAAAUACCUUCGACAGCGGCCCCUAGAACGAAAGCUGCAACUAAUGCAGUGUCUUCGCAAACAAGCGGCCCGAAACGGCGAGGGCCGAAGCAGAAGAUUGCCCAAGUGUCAGACGAAAAUGAUUCCAGCGAUGAUGAGGUGGAUGUUGUUACUGUCCGUACCACGGCGAAGUCGAGGUCGACGAAGGCGUCGGCAGGCCCGAAAACGGCAGCUUCACGGACAGAGAGGAGGGCUGUUCGGUCCGUAAAAGGCGAACAGGAACCUGCAGACGAUGAUAGUGAUGACGAUGAUGAUGAACUUGCACAACCUGAACAAUCGAAAACAAAAGCGGUACGGUCGAGGAGCGCAACGGUAGCGAGUGUUCGUACAAGCAAAGCACCGACCUCCGGAACCGAAAUCAAAACCGGUACGCGCCGUGGGAGAAAGGGUAGUGCGGCUGCUACCGUUGUCCCAGCUCGUUCGAAGCAAAUAUCUAUUCCGUCUGCUAUGGCAAGGAAACCUGACGCCGCCAUAACAUACACAGCUUCGGCGAAGAACAAGGCGUCGAGUAGCGCUCCCAAGAAAAAGGUUACCUUUCUCGAUAUGGCCGAAAAUUCAGACAAAGAAAAUCAGCCCUUGACCACUCCAGUAGCUGACAACCAAAAAGUUAAGGCUGGAACUGGCCUGAAGGCAAAACCUGUGCGUAGGCCAGUCACGCCUGUAUAUCACGACGAGGAGCAAGUUCCUAAAGCUCAGUCAAAGAAAGAGCCUUUGUCGCCCAAGAAAUCGAACCAGGUUAUCAGACCUAGCGCUUCAAAUAGCCCCGGUGACGCUGUUGACACUGCUGAUCGGGUGGAAAUAGAUGUUACAUUGAAAACGCCUCAAACAUCACCGAUCAAAGUUCCCAAUUUGCGCCAGUCUUUGGCCUCUCCGGCAAAGAAGAUAGAUUUCGGCGCCUCAAGGAGGCUAACAGCGCCCGGAUCUGGCGAAAAUUGUCCGAGAGCAGAAAGCGGAGAUGUCAUGUCGACUGAAAAGGAGGCCUUCUCUCUCAAGGACUCAACUAUUAUGUCCACUCCUGCUCGCCGAUUGCCUCCAUCACCCUUUAAAGAUUCCAUGAAGAUAUCACCGAUGAAGGCACCGAUCAAAUUUGACCUAGCUGUUAAACCCCAACAGUGUUUGCCUUCCAGCACGAAAACUUCUCCAUUGAAAGAAUCUGCCAUAAAAGCUAGAGCUGUGCCAUUCCCUCUGCAAUGGCCAGGUGCGCCCUCUCAGUCGCCAGUGAAGGAGAGGUCGCUACUGCAAACCCCAGCGAGGCGAUUGAUGUCGCCCUCUAAAAAUUUCCUAUCCUCCUCGAAAGGCCAACAUCAUGAGCUUAAUGCAAAAGGCUUCGAACAGCAUGCUGUCUCCAGUCUCGGCCCCGAAGAAACACCUUUUGAGAGGUUAGAGCCUAUUCAUCGCGAAUCAAGUCCUAUCGUAGAAGACAUGGAGUACGAUGUGCUGGCGGAUGAAGAUCAACAAAUGUCCAACAGUACAAAACCGGAUGAACCCCCAUCAUCACCGGAACAAAGGGGGCAAGCAAUGGAGCAUGUUUCUCUUCAACCUGUUGCUGAAUUCUCCCCACAAUUGGAGGAUCCAUUUGUCAACGCAGGAGCUUUAUCACCCAUCAAUACACCUGUACGCCCAUAUGAAAUCACAAGCGCAAGUUCGAGCAUUAAUUCUAUUCGAAAUAUCUCUUGGGUCCCUCCUCCUGCCCCAUCUCCUCCAGUCUUUACAGCCCCAUAUCCCCCGCAGUUCAGUUACCGCGAUGAUCUAUCCGAUGGAGACUCUGACAAUGAAUCAAUGAUGGCAGUGAGCCCUAGCAAAAGCCCCUCCAGGAGAAUGUCGAUCAGGCUGGUGAAUGAAAAUGACGAUUUCGAUGCAAGCAAACAAACGAAGGCAGAUUCGGAUUUUGGCUUCACUCCUUUGGUAAAUAAACUAAGUCAGUGGAAUCCUGAUAACGAAGAGAGGAAGUAUCCGCGACGCAGAGGCAUCUUUUCAAUGGCUCCUGGAGAUCAGAUUACUGCUAGGACAAGUCGCCGUUCAUCGACGAUCAGACAGUCGCGAGACCGACUUUCUCUCAUACCCAGGAGCUCAUCUGUGGUCCACGAAGCUGGGGAACUGUCAUUUGAUGACAACACUAUUAUUCAUGAACCUGAAGACCUUGAUGCAAGCGAUGUCAUUCCAAAUGACGAGGGCCACUUUACUAUUCUGGAAGACUGUGAGGAAAAUACGAUUGCAUCCUUAUCUGCGAAUAAAAUGGAUCUUGUCGAGGACACUCCGGAACAUUUGCAAAACUGCGUAGUAGAUGAAAAUGCCACUCCGCAGGAACAUAUUGUCACGAUCAAUGAGGCGGUGUUUGCAAAAGUCCAACAGGACGAACCUCAGCCGCAGAAUCCACUCACGGUGCUCCCAAUGUCCGUCACGCCUGUCAGGUCAGGACCGCGAUAUCCACGCACGGUCCAUACUGUUUCUAAGGUCCCUUUGAAAAGUGAAGAUGGAUCUCUCAAGAUUCCAAGAAAGAGAACACGCUCUUUUUCAGCCGGGUCUAAUUCGUCUCCGCCUACCAGCCCAACCGCUACCAGAAGCAAAACCCUCCCUUCACCGCGCAAAGCUAGGAGUCCGCUAAAGCCUUUCAUCCCUCUUCAAGAAGAACAUGGCAGCCCUCUUACCCACCAACUCCCUCAAAGACCAAAACAGCCAUCGCGUUCUUCUGCUUCAAGUCCGGUCAAAUCACCACGGAAACAACCGGCAGGUCAUGAUACAAUCCUUCAAGGAGCGGUUGUGUAUACGGACGUGCAUACGAAAGAAGGGGCUGACGCAAGUGGUAUAUUUGUUGAAUUAUUGACCCAAAUGGGUGCUCGAUGUGUAAAAUCAUGGAAUUGGAACCCAAGAACUAGCCUAUCGCCAGUUGACGGGGCUGAGCCGAAGGAAAUAAAGAUCGGUAUUACCCAUGUCAUCUUCAAAGAUGGAGGGAUACGAACUUUGGAGAAGGUUAGAGAAGCCAACGGCGUUGUGAAACUCUUCCACUUCAUCUUCGGGUAG